AAAAAAAAAAAAAAAAAAAAAAAAAAAAAAAAAAAAAAACUCGAUUCAUCUUUAUCAUCUGAGCCUCCUUACCCUUUAUGUGGGUUUUAUCUUUUGGACAUUGUGCAAUCUUGAUUCAACCUAGGCGUUUCCCUUUCUUUGAUUUGGCCAAGAGUGCUCUUUGUUUUGUCAUCUAUCUCAUCUAAGGUGGAUUAAGCAGAGUGUCCUUCUCAUAGUCAGUUUUGAAGAAGGCGGCUUGAUUGCUCACUUUAUUUUUUAGUCUGAUUAAUCUCAGCUAUGGUCUCCAUAGUGAGUUUCCUUAGAGCAUAUUCCAUGAUGAAGUUUUUGCUCUCCCUCAAGCAUGCUGUAGUAGAAUAUUAUGGGUAAGGGCGUCAAAAAAUUUGUAUUCCAAGACAGGCGAGCACUCUUCAGGCUUUCAUUUCCUUAGAAUUUUCCGAUCCGUAUGUUGACUGAAGAAAAUUUGGUUCAGAAUGGCACCGGGAGGUAGGUCUGUCCUCGUUUUGGACAUCAACCCAUCUCUUUAACCCGGUUAUUCCCAUUUUUUAUGUCAGUCCCAAACCUUGUUUGAUCCUGUUUGCGUUCCUUUUAAAAUAGGUUGGGCAUAUCUGGUUUAUACUGGAUAUAUUUCAAGGACUGAAGUGAGCACUCAAUGUGCUUAACUUUUAUUUCUAUAUGAAGGCUCCAUCUACCAAGAGGGCUGUGUUUAGUUGUUUAACAGGAUACUUGUAGAUCUUUUUGUUUUGGUGAUUCUUCCUUUUGGAGAAAAAGCUGAUUGGAGCCGUUUCGAAUUUGGAUUGGUGUGCUGCAAAUGUAGAUGGAAGCAACAGUUCAUCGAUAUGUUUGCUGGAUUUUCAGGUGACAGAUAAUGUUUAUGAGAUGAGGAAUAUAUCUUCUAAAUCUUUUCUAACUUGCAGGUUUCAUAAGCUUUCCAUCAGCUAGCAGUGUCUGCCAUUUUCACUGACUGAUACUACGUAAUGGGAGAUGUGUAUGUCAACUUCCCUCAGCAACCACAGAAGUCUGAACGAGAAAAGGCUGAGAUGUCAAGAAAUCUGCACCCUCAUUCAAUCAAUGAAGAAUCUGAAUCGUCAACUCUAGAAAGGGUAGCGGCAGAGUCAUUAAUAAACGAAGUUCUUGGUAGAGGACUAAUGGAGCAUGGAUGUCCGCAUUACAGAAGAAGGUGUUGCAUUAGAGCUCCUUGCUGUAAUGAGAUCUUUGGUUGCCAUCAUUGUCAUAAUGAGGCAAAGAACAGUAUAAAUGUAGAUCACAAACAGAGACAUGAUAUUCCUCGACACCAAGUUAGACAGGUUAUUUGCUUACUCUGUGGCACUGAACAAGAGGUUGGCCAAAUUUGUAUCCACUGCGGAGUGUGCAUGGGGAAGUACUUCUGUAAUGUCUGCAAGCUCUACGAUGAUGAUACGUCUAAACAACAGUAUCACUGUGACGGGUGUGGAAUCUGCAGAAUCGGUGGGCGUGAAAAUUUCUUCCACUGUUACAAGUGUGGCUGUUGUUAUUCAAUCCUCCUCAAGAACAGUCACCCUUGUGUUGAAGGAGCAAUGCAUCACGAUUGCCCCAUAUGCUUUGAGUUUCUUUUUGAAUCAAGGAACGAUGUGACGGUUUUACCUUGUAGACACACAAUCCAUCAGAAAUGCUUGGAGGAAAUGAGAGAUCAUUACCAAUACGCGUGUCCACUAUGCUCAAAAUCUGUAUGCGACAUGUCAAAGGUGUGGGAGAAAUUUGACAUGGAGAUUGCGGCUACACCGAUGCCAGAACCAUACCAAAACAGAAUGGUUCAGAUUCUAUGCAACGACUGUGGGAAAAAAUCAGAGGUACUGUACCAUGUGGUGGCUCAGAAAUGCCCAGACUGCAAAUCAUACAACACUCGCCAAACCAGAGGUUGAAUCAGAUGCAAUCAAGAGCUUAUUUUCACUUGAACAAAUAGUGUCAUUGGCUCCUUUUACCUGAAGACUUUAUCUCUCGAGUUCUUCCUCUCUCUCUCUUUUUCUUCAGUAUUCUCACUGGUCGUCUAUGUCUCCUUCGUGCGCUGUAGUAGUCUGCUUUAGUUUCCAUUAGAAGAUGUCUCCUUUAUCCCAACUUUGAGAUUAAUAAUUCUACGGCUUUGUUAAAUAGUUUCAUUUUAAUCUGAUAAACAACCCCAAAUCAGAACUUGUGGGAACAAAUUUGUACCAUCAUUUUAUCAGCUGUCCAGUCUCCAGUGUAUGAAUAAAAUCUACUCCUGAUUAGGAGAAUGAUUUAGGUA